AGCAGGGUGAUUUUGUUCUCUGAUGUGUGUGAGAAUGAAGAGGAGACCUUGUGGGCACUGGAACUCUCCACGCUCACGAGGGAGGGAGGCUGGGCUGCCCGAUGGAGGGGAGUGCUCCAGGGCCUUCAGAGUGAACAUGGAGCUCUUGGAGGGGAAACAGGGUGAGCAGAGCCGAAAGGGGCCUAGCCAGGACCGCAGCACUGGUUAGUGGCACAACUUGGACAAGAACCCGGUUAUUAGUGAAUUCCUCUUUUCUUCUUUUGAUUUCCUGUGCCAGUUUCAGGAAUCUCAAGGGGUACAGUAUAGUGAUUCAGCAAGUCCACACGUUAUUCAGUGCUCCUCGUGACACCGGCAUUGCAGUCUGCCAAACCUUGUGUUGUCUGACCAUUCCAGGAACUUGCUCUCUGAGUCCCAGAUUCCAACAAUGUCCCACCCAUCUUGGCUGCCACCCAAAAGCACUGGUGAGCCUCUCGGCCAUGUGCCUGCGCGGAUGGAGACCACCCAUUCCUUUGGGACCCCCAGCAUUUCAGUGUCCACACAACAACCACCCAAGAAGUUUGCACCAGUAGUUGCUCCAAAGCCUAAAUACAACCCGUACAAGCACCCUGGAGGUGAAGGUGACUUUCUUCCACCCCCGCCUCCACCUCUAGAUGAUCCUGGUGCUCUUCCGUCCAGCCCCGGAAACUUCCCUCCUCCACCACCCCUUGACGAAGGUGCUUUCAGGGCACAGCAGGGAAAUCCUGGAGGCAAGACCCUUGAGGAGAGGCGUUCGAGCCUGGAUGCCGAGAUAGACUCGCUGACUAGCAUCUUGGCUGACCUUGAGUGCAGCUCCCCCUACAAACCUAGGCCCCCACAGGGCUCUACUAGCUCGACAGCCUCUCCUCCAGUCUCCACCCCUGUCACAGGACACAAAAGAAUGGUUAUACCAAACCAACCGCCUCUAACAGCAACUAAAAAGUCUACAUUGAAACCACAGCCUGCACCCCAGGCUGGACCCAUCUCCGUGGCACCAAUUGGGACACUAAAACCCCAGCCUCCACCGGUCCCUGCUUCCUAUACGACGGCAUCGACCCCUUCCAGGCCUACCUUCAAUGUGCAGGUGAAAUCAGCCCAGCCCAGCUCUCUUUAUAUGGCUGCUCCUUCAUCAGGACAAUUUUACAGCCAAGGCCCAGGACCCCAGGGCUAUAACACUCCCCCAGUUUCUAUUUCUGGGCAGUGCCCACCUCCUUCAACACGAGGGGGCAUGGAUUAUGCCUAUAUUCCACCACCAGGACUUCAGCCUGAGCCCGGGUAUGGGUAUGCCCCUAACCAAGGACGUUAUUAUGAAGCCUAUUGCCCAGCGGGGCCUGGCUAUGGGGGCAAAAAUGACACCGAUCCAGCUUAUGGUCAGCAAGGUCACCCAAACACCUGGAAGCGGGAGCAAGGGUAUACUCCUUCUGGAACAGGAAACCAGAACCCCCCUGGGAUGUAUCCAGUUUCUGGUCCCAAGAAGACCUACAUCACGGAUCCUGUUUCAGCACCGUGUGCACCACCGCUGCAACAAAAGGGUGGACAAACAGGUUCCAUGGGGCCUCCAGCUGUUCCCCCCUCAUUCCGUCCUGAAGAUGAACUCGAACACCUGACCAAGAAGAUGCUGUAUGACAUGGAAAAUCCACCUGCAGAUGAAUACUUUGGCCGCUGUGCUCGCUGUGGGGAGAAUGUCGUUGGGGAAGGGACAGGAUGCACUGCCAUGGAUCAGGUCUUCCACGUGGACUGUUUCACCUGCAUCAUCUGCAGCAACAAGCUCCGGGGACAGCCCUUCUAUGCCGUGGAAAAGAAAGCUUACUGUGAGCCCUGCUACAUUAAUACCCUGGAGCAGUGCAGCGUGUGCUCCAAGCCCAUCAUGGAGAGGAUUCUGCGAGCCACCGGGAAGGCCUAUCAUCCUCACUGCUUUACCUGUGUGAUGUGCCACCGCAGCCUUGAUGGGAUCCCAUUCACCGUGGAUGCUGGUGGCCUCAUUCACUGCAUUGAGGACUUCCACAAGAAAUUUGCCCCCCGAUGUUCUGUGUGCAAGGAGCCUAUCAUGCCAGCCCCAGGCCAGGAGGAGACUGUCCGGAUUGUGGCUCUGGAUCGCGAUUUCCAUGUUCAUUGCUACCGCUGUGAGGACUGUGGCGGUCUCCUGUCCGAAGGCGACAACCAAGGCUGCUACCCUCUGGAUGGACACAUCCUCUGUAAGACCUGCAACUCUGCCCGCAUCAGGGUGCUCACCGCCAAGGCCAGCACCGACCUCUAAAUACAGCUGCCUGCUGAGCUGCUUAGUUGGGGGCACUGAGAAGAAGGAAGCACAAGACAAAGAUAUGGGAAAUACAAGAAAGGCAAUCAAGCCGUGAGAUGGUCUCUGUUCUUCCCCUAAUAUUAACCUUUCUUCAGAAGCACAUAGAUGAUGAGAUUUUUUUUUUUAACGUUCUCACCAAAUACACAUUUCACAUUUAAUCAUGUAGGACCUUGAUGGGCCUUUGUUCCCAAGGACUUCCACAUUUUUGCACGGAUUAUACUCCAUCCCAUUCACUUCUGCAUUCCUGUAACUUUUAAUCCCUAUGUUUGUUUCACUUUGCAUCUGGUUGAAUGGCUUUUUUUAGUGUGGUAUUUGCUGUCACGCAGUUUUUCUUGGGUGAGUCGGGCCAACUCACAGGUGCUUUUAGGCUUGAAGGGUCCGUCCUGUCAGUUCCACGUGGCCUGUGAACAGGAAGUAUAGCCACUCUUUUUCUGUGUAUUAAAAAGUACAUCUUUCUGUUACUCUAAACCGGUCAUGCCCCUUGGGGGCAAAAAUAGUGUGCCAUGUAUAUGUGAGGCCACAAAGAAUUUAAGCUGUAAAUUACAUAGGUUAAAAUAAGCCCAAAUUUAAUUGGUAACCAAAUUUGAUUGGAAAUUCAAAAUCUGUAGUGACCAGUGGUCAGGGCUCAUUUGAAAACAGUUAUUGAUGAGAGAGAUCCAAAGUUCACUUUUUUUUUUUUCCUAAAGGAAUGCAGGGGAAAAAAAGCAUUUGGGGGGUAUUUUGAAAAGCUUAUUAUUAUCCCACCAUUCCGUCUUAAGAUUUCCCUUUUCCGUGCUACCUAGACCUCAUAAUUCAGACAAACUUUGUUUUCUCUGGAACAUUACAUUUACAAUACUGUCCCGCUUUUCAUCUCAGAAAUAUUGCCAUGUUGUUUUUUGAUCCAAACACAACUACCAAAGUUGAGUUUUCUGUGGGGGAAGACAGUUGUAAAGAACUGUGCCUAUUCUUCCUCCCCCCACCGCCUCCACCCCGCCCCAGGCCCGGGUCCUUUUUGCCUGACAAAUCAGAGCACACAAAAUAAAAUUGUGGAGUUUAGUUUAGUUUACUUUAAAACGACAGGAAAGCUUGAAAAAAUGGUGAAACCACAGUUUCAUCACUCCCAUAAUCCCACUGCAACUCAAAUUGCAUAUCACGGGAGACGUGUUCAUAUCAUGAAUGUGACAUUUAUACCACACUUUUCAAAGACAAUCUCUGAAAACAAAACAAAAAAAAAAAAAAACAACUGCCUUUCUGAGCUAAAAAUAUGCAGAGUCUCUGCCUAGAAUCUUUAUUCAAACUCUUACUGGGCACUGAAAUGCUUGCUUGCCAACUAGAGAACCCUUCUUUUGGGUUCUAACUUGUUUCUUUUAAAGAGAGACGCCCAUCUUUGUAACAGCAGGUUGCCAUUUGUAAACUAAUCGAGUAUUUUGGAUUGAGAUUUCUUAAACGUUUCUUCAAAUCUUCCACAAGUAUAUACUUUUAAAUUAUGAAGUAUUUUAAGUAUACACAAAAUAUAAAUAAUAAUAUAAUGAAUCCCUAUAUACAUAACACCCAGUUUAAGAAAUCAAAUAUAACAAAUAUAGUUAACAUUCCCUUAUGCACCCUUUCCUGAGUCCACAAAUACCUUUUUCAUGAUUAAGUGAUAAAGUUGAUUUUCUUGUCUGACUUUUAUUUGAAUUUUUAAUUUUAACCCUCAAAACAGAAAUUAAAAAGUAUUUGUGCCUGUUUUGAAUUAUACCCAUGCCUCAGGAAUUCCAGUUACAUCGAUUUUACUUUAGUAGGAAUGAUUGUUCAGUUUUCUUUCUUUCUUUUUCUUUUUCAAUAAGAAAUUCUUAAGCCUAUGGCCAUUAGCUCACCUAAGUGAAUGUGUGGCUUUUUUUGCCUUGGUCAUCCAAAGAGACCACCAAAGUUGGGACUUCGCAAAGUUUUCUCGGAAAACUUUGCUUUUCCUUACUUUGCUACUCUUAUCAUUGGCCUUAUAUUUUUCUUAAUGGGAAACACAAUGGGAUUCAUUUUUGGCAGCAUGUGAAUUUGAAGAUACUGUAGUGACUAUAUCUCUGAAUUUCCAUCCUCCAAGAUCAGACUUGCUGAUGACCUCAAAAAGCACUAACUAUUAGACAAUUGGAGAGAUAAUGUAAUUUGCUUGAAUUGCCUCAGCAAUUUGUUUUCUAUGAAAUACUUGGGGGAAAUUGUGCUUAGGCCAAAGCCCAAUUUAUUGAGGGAUGGAUUUUAUCUCUUGAAGCACCAUCAUAUUAUUAUGAAUUUUGCCAAAAGAGGAAAAUGUAUGAAAUAUUUAUACCCUAAAAAUGCAAUAACAUUCUAUCUACUUGUUUGUUACAUUUAAGUCCUUGUGUAACUAAAUGUUUACAAGCCAAAACAUUUUAAAGAGAGAGAGAGUUAUAAGAAAAUGCUGUCACAGACCAUCACUGUGGCAUUGCCAGAAUACUGGUGGCUUUCAGUCUUUAUAGUACAAUUUUAUCACAUAACCUCAGAGUAUCUUUACCAAAGAGUUUUAAAGUAAAUCUCUUUUUAAUAUAGACUUAUUAUACUUUUGUAAUAAUGAAUGUGCACACACAUAUGCAGAAAUAUUUAGAUUCAGAUUUCUUUUCUUUCACAAGAUAGAGUAAGGAAAGGAUCCUAUGUUAUUUUGUUCCAGGAUUUCUUAAGUAUAUGAUUUAUAUUGCUUUCUUGUCUUUUCUAUUAAUCCUUUGGUUUAAACUAAUGCCAAAUCACUCUUUAGUGUUUUAGUUAUGUUAAGUUUUGCCUAUAACAGAGACAGAAAGAUCACUAUUACCUGACAAUUAUAAUUAUUUUGUCUUUUGGUGUAGAGUCUUGAUUGUUAUUUAAAUUCAUAAAUAAUAGAAAAAUCAAAGUAUAUAAGAGAAAGUUUGUUAAACUAUACAGCUUUAAAAAAUUGUCAAGAACACAAAUAUUUGGUAAUUCGGUGUGAUGAGAGACGUGGAAAAGGAAAAAAGAAACCCACUAUGUCAUGGGCUCUGCAUACCAUUCCAAAAUCAAAUUCCUUUACUGUCUGGAUCCCUAGCUCACACUGAGUCAACAUGAAGUCUCGUUUGCAAUCAAAAUUGCAUUUGAAACUCACAACUAAGUCAUGUGUCCCAGCAUAAGGCACCGAGGCUUUGAGAUGCUGGACAUCUCAGCAGCUCAAAGACGUGGGUUUUUUUUUUCCCUGUCAUUGCUAAACUGUUUAUGUAGGGGCAACUUCUCUGAUCAAGAUUACUUCAUUGGCUGUCUGCUGACCCAUGCAGCCGAGUUAUCAACACUAUCAUUGUUUCCUCACCACGCAAGAUUCUGAAAAAUUGUUUAUGGUGAUGUUUAAAGUCUAUAAAAUUCUAACUACA